AUGUCUUGCGCAGCAGGAGAUAUGUCGUCACCUAUGAUGAAAUACAAUUUUGUAGAACCGCAAAAAGAAAUAAGAAAUGCAAUGGAUAUGACGCGUUGGGAAAAUAGUGAAACUUUUUACGAUUUACUCGGUUUUAUUAAUUCCAUUUGUAUGUGCAUUCAAGGAAAGAGUUUGAGCUUGAAAUGUGAUGUUUCACCGGUUGUACAAAAGUUGAUAAACAUGCUUGAAAAUUUCGAGAAGUUGGCGAUUGAAACACCGCCAAUUGAUCAACCUCAACGUUUUGGAAACGUUGCCUUCAGAACAUGGUAUCAAAAAUUAAAAGAUCAAGUGACACCAGCAUUAAAAGAUGUCUUGCCUGAUCAUUUACAAUGUGCUAUAAUCGAAAUUGUUCCUUACAUCCUUGAUUCAUUUGGCAAUCCAACACGCAUAGACUACGGAACUGGCCAUGAAUUGUCUUUCAUAUUAUUUUUAAUGACAUUCUUCAAGAUUGGAGCUUUGUCAAAAUCAGAUGAACUAGCAGUAGUCUUAAAAGUGUUUAACACUUAUUUGAACUUUGUUCGUAAGCUCCAAGUUACAUAUCGCAUGGAGCCUGCAGGAUCUCAUGGAGUUUGGAGCUUAGAUGAUUACCAAUUUAUUCCGUUUAUUUGGGGAAGUGCUCAACUUAUUGGAACUUCGAUUGAGCCAGUAAAGUUUGUAGAACCAGAAACAAUUGAAGAGUAUCGGAAAGAAUUCAUGUUCAUUGGAUGCAUCGAUUAUAUUUUGCAAGUAAAAACGGGUCACAUUGCGGAACACUCAAAUAAGUUAUGGAGUAUCAGUGCAGUGCCAUCAUGGAGUAAAAUAUGUACUGGAUUGAUAAAAAUGUAUCAAAAGGAGAUGUUAUCAAAGUUUCCAGUUAUUCAACAUGUUCUUUUUGGAUCAAUUUUUAAAUUGAACCCAGUUAAACCCGGUACACGAUUACCUCAGGCAAGGUUGGGAAUGGGACCAGUGCCAAAAGAAGCUCAUCAUAUGCUACCACCAAGAUUACCGCCUCAGUAA